GGAGGGCAGAGGCCUGUUGCCUCUGUCACGGACAUAGAUUGAUCUGAUCAACUCCGUGACAGAUUUUUGGUACAUUGGCGGUUCAGUGGUAGAAUUCUCGCCUGCCACAUGGGAAGCCUGGGUUCGAUUCCCUGCCAAGACACUUGGGUUCCAGACCAAGCCCUCUCCCACCUGGAUUCUACCUGUUCUGUGUUGGUGCCUAGUUGGUUGCCUUGGCAGCGCUGUGGCAACCAAUGGACAAUGCCCAUUGGUGACUUCACUUGUUCUGAAGGAGUCCAGCUGCAGGUCAGUCUAGCAGCUCCUUCCCUGCCAACUUGUUCUCUCCACAGUAGCAAGAUGUCUGGGCUAGAAGAAUCUUUCCGUAAAUUUGCAAUAUAUGGUGACAGAGCUGCCAGCAGCAACAGCAUGACAGGGAAAAACUUCUCCAAGAUGUGCAAAGAGUGUGGGGUGAUGGAUGGAAAAGCUGUGACCAGCACUGACAUUGACAUUGUAUUCAACAAAGUCAAGACCAAGGGUGCCCGCACCAUCAAUUUUGAUGAGUUCCAGCAGGCCAUGAAGGAGAUCUGUGUUAAACGUUUCAAGGGCAAAUCACCAGAGGAAGCCCUGCAAGCUGUGCAUGGCCUCAUUGAGGGGAAGGAGCCAAGCAGCGUGGGCACCACCAAAGUCGCAAAAGUAGCUGGGGUCGAGAGGCUGACGGACACUAGCAAAUACACUGGCAGUCACAAAGAGCGCUUUGAUGAGAGUGGCAAGGGGAAAGGACUUGCUGGCCGUGAAGACUUGACAGACAACAGUGGCUAUGUUGGUGCCUACAAGGGAGCUGGCACUUAUGAUAAGACACACUAGGACUGAAGCUACUUUGGGAAGCAAAGAUCGUCUUCCUCUAGGAAUACAUGGCAGAAGAGGCAAAUAAAAUCUCAUGAAACUGACCUCCUGUGUGUACUGCCAAUCUGCAAUAUGAUAGGAUGGGAAUGGCUGGGGUGCAUACAGCAUGACCAGCAGUGCCUGACCACAGCCUUAAAAGCACUCUUACAGUGCACAGGAUGUGAUAUAGGCCAUCCCUGGGGAGGGUAGGAGUCCCAGUAACGCUAGUCAUUACUUUUUGCCACUCCUCUUCCCUGGGGUUAAACCUCUUCACCCAUUCACUGCACUUGGCAUGGUCAUUCAUUGCUAUUUCCCCUACUUCAAGCUGCUGGCAGCUGGAAAGGGUCUGUAUCAACAGGAAAGUGAAUAAAGACUUACGACUGUC